AUGUCCCUAUAUUACGAUGCCGCUACUGUCCUGACAAACGAUGGUCUUUCUGGAUCUCUCAAAUCCCGCAUCUAUGGCAACAACUUGGAGUUGAAAUCCAAGCCGGCGCAUUUAUAUGCCUUGAUCUCGGAGACCGCGAAAUUCGAUGGCUUUUUGAAAGAGGUCAUUGACAAUGCGGGCUUGCUGGCGCAAGAACCAAAGUUGAACCCUACACUGUCUCUGCUGCUGGUUCACGAUCACCUACUUUCCAAAAGCGGGAUUGCCGCAUCCUCCAGUCACCCGCUACGACAGGCGAUAGAAAGACACAAAGCAAGGUUACAAGCAGAAUUCACAAAGGCUAGGUUGAGAAGGAAAUGCGCUACGGUAGAUGACCUGAAACGGCAUCUUUUGAAGGAAAAACCACCGACGCACCGUUCCCAACCUCGAUGGAUCCGAAUCAAUACCCUCAAAACGAGCAUUGAUGAACAACUCGCAACCUCUUUCAAUGGGUUUCGGAGGGAUGCAACCGUGGCCGAGGUGGUAGAAUCUGCGAGCACGGACAAAGUCCUGGCUAUCGACCAGAACAUCCCCAAUGUCAUAGCGCUACCUCCGGAGGCGGACGUCACCAAGACAGAAGCAUAUAAACUGGGCAAACUGAUUUUGCAGGACAAAGCCUCCUGUUUCCCGGCGUACCUGCUAGUCGGUCAGGGGGAUGGCGGCGUCACAAUUGGCGAUUGCAUAGAUGGGUGUGCGGCACCUGGAAAUAAGACCUCGCAUCUUGCGGCUAUUCUUGCGUCUUCUGGUCAUUCAACCAGCAGGAUAUAUGCAUGUGAACGAGAUGCUACGCGAUCGAAAAUACUGAAGAGCAUGAUGGAGAAGAGUGGUGCGGAAAAGGUCAAGGUACUUUUCAAACAGGAUUUCCUCGCUUUGGACCCUCAGUCGCCGAAGUACAAGAAUGUUACUCAUCUACUUCUUGAUCCAAGCUGCUCUGGCAGUGGAAUUGUUGGACGCGAGGACGUUCCUACGCUAGCGCUGCCCUUGGACCCGAGGCAACAGAAAGCCCAGGGCGGCAAACAUGCAGGAAACCUUAAGAAGAGGAAGCGUGGCAGAGAAGAAGCGCAAACGGAGCGGACGAUUGAGCAUGACUCCCUUGAAGCGGAGGAAACCAAAGAAGCUGCUCCCAAUCAGGAACGUUUGCAGAAGCUAUCCGCGUUGCAGACAAUGAUUGUGGAACAUGCUCUUUCUUUCCCCUCAGCGACUCGAAUCACCUAUUCUACCUGCUCGCUGCAUGUCGAGGAAAAUGAGGCCGUUGUGUCACGGAUCCUCAGUUCUAAAAAUGCCAUAUCGCGAGGCUGGCGCGUGCUACGCAGGGACGAGCAGCCGGACGGACUGCGGCAAUGGGAGCAUCGGGGUGUAACUGAUCCACCUAUUGUGGGAAGCCGUGCGUUGAGCGAGGGAGAGCUGGAGGCUUGCAUACGUUGCUAUCCGGACAAUGGGGACGGUACCAUGGGCUUCUUCGUUUGCGGCUUCGUACGCGAUGAUGCAGAGGACAGGGGCCCUAACGACGCCGAUAAGGCUGAUGAGGCCGAUCAAGUCGAUGACGACUGGGAGGGAUUUAGUGAAUAG